AUGAGCCAACAACAUCGACGAAGGUCUAGCGGAAGCAUUAGCGAAAGUUCUGUCGAAAAUGCCUAUUCCAGCGCGCCCGAGACAUCGACGGCGAGACGGGGAGCUGGCGAUACGGGGACAACGACACGGGGAACGACACGGGGCUUUGCCAACCCCCGAUCAUUCUAUAUGCUAAAGUUUCUUUUCCCAUUUUUUGCUUCGUUUAAUAUCAAGGGCUUGAAUUUGGCCUACGGUGCUGUCAUGUACGGAUACAGGGAUAUUCAGAUAUCCUCUCCCACAACCUACUUCAAACUUUCCUGGAUUGGCUCGCUGUAUACUGCUGCUCUCUUGGCCUCGUUCCCGGCGGCAAAACUGAUAUUGGAUAUGUUGAAAUCCAGAAAGCUCAGUGGAGCGAAGACGGCGGUGGCCGUCACAUUUGGGGUCUGCUUUCGCAGUGCCCUCCUCCUGGGGAUCGCUAGUUUGACUUCUAGCACGACCCUUGUAUUUCUCCACGGUAUUUUACUCGGGAUCACCGAUGGUAUACUUUACAGUCUAAGCAUUAUCACCCUUGAUGAAGACUUUUACGACAAUCCAGUGAUAUGGGCAGCAGUCAUUCGUAUUGGAGCUGGUCUUGGUGGACUUAUUUACACGGCUAUUUUAAGAACCUGCCUUUCCACUGUGCAUUUCCAAUGGGGUUUACGAAUUAUCGCCUUCUGUGGUGCUGGGACGUUGAUCCCGUCCCUAUUCCUUUCCCCUGCCACUAAGAGAAGCAAUUCAGAAGACGUAGAACAGCAGAGAACAGGCCGAGAAGAACCAUCACGCCGAGAGAAAUCGUCAUUGUCGAAAAUACUGAUAUUCGAGGAUAUUAUAAGUGGGCAGUCUACGGAAGGACAGGAAUCAACCGAGAAUAAGGGCCCUUCCUAUACUUUUGCUAUCUUUGGCCUGUUUUUUGCUUUCAGCAGUCUGUACUACGGGUAUCAUUUUAUUGUCGUCUAUGGCGUACAUGCGGCACAUCAGCACCCCGCGGACUCGAUGCUUUUGGUGGUAGAAAUGUGCGCAUGCCAUGUAUUUGGUAUCGUGAUAUCCACGAUCUUGAAACGCGUCGUAAGUGACCAACUCGGCGUCCUUACUUUUGCGAUCCUGUGCACGUCUCAAACGGUCUUCACUUGGAUCGGAGCCGAUCAGAACGCAGGGUUGAAGAUGUUUGUUUGUUUCUACGGGUUCUACUCUGCAGCGGUCGAUAGCAUUCAUAUGACUUGCCAGCUCACGUACGCUGGUUAUAACAAGAGGCAUGAUGCAAGCAAGGCCAAGGUAAUGCGAUACAAGGUGCUUUUCUUCUUCUUAGCAAUGGGCCUCGGAGCCGUGAUCGGAAGCGUAGCUGCCGGGUGUCUUCUUGAUUACUACGGCGGGCGAUUCUGGUCUGCUGAUCUCCUGUCUGCAGGAGGGCUCUUUGUAGGGUCGAUCUGUUUCCUCACUGCUGUGGCGAUGCUGAAACGCAGGCCUGGACGCAAGCCUGGACGCAGCGCCAUGGCCAACCGGUCGCUACGUAACAUCCGCAGUGAGCUGGAGUUCCUUGCAGACUCGGCUGUCAUCACGCAGCAGCAACUUUCUUCCAUCCUAUCUCAAUUACCCGAACCAACAGAAGGGCGUGCACCUAUUCCUCUCGCCGCGGCCCCCGUGGUGCAAUCGCCGGUUUCGACGCCGUCCUACGACCCUCCCACAAACCAGCUGGCCAAUACUGCCAUCAGCGAGAAGGCUCCAAUCCAGCCGCAGUACACGUCUCCAGUGCCGCCCCCGGCGUAUGCUCACACACCCCCGGUUCUGUCGACUGCAUCGGCCUUGUAUGCAUACGCUCCCACUGAUGCCGGGGACCUCGCCUUGCAGCCCCAGGAUAAUAUUCAGGUUCUCGAGCACAUGAAUAACGACUGGUGGCGUGGCCGCAACGAACGAACAGGCUUGGAGGGUAUUUUCCCCAGAAGCUAUGUCAAGGUCCUUGACGAGAAGGCUGCCUUGUCUCAGCCUACAAACUACGGAAAUAUGCCACUUGAUGUCAGCCAAAGCGGUGGCCCCGUUGCUGCGAAUGACCCGCGUCGAAGUAAAUUCGAGGAACACGGCAAGAAGUUUGGAAAGAAGAUGGGUAAUGCGGCAAUCUUCGGUGCUGGUGCCACGAUAGGAUCCAACAUCGUCAACGUCGCUUUUCCGGCCUACCCCACGCGACUUGCCGGGUUGACCGCCUGCCUAAACAGAACUUCUUCGAGGCAUUCAGUUGCUAAUCGAAGCUCGGUUUCCCCUUUUUUUUUUUCACCUCACAUUCCUUUUUUCAUUCUGAAAAAGUUUACAAAGAUGUGUGGUAUUCUUGGUCUGAUUUUGGGCCAUAUUGGCGACGAUCCACAGUUUCCAUGCAAGGCUGCUGCGACGUUACAUGAGUCGUUGUAUUAUCUUCAGCAUCGCGGCCAGGAUGCGUGUGGCAUAGCUACUUGUGCUGCCGGUGGUCGCAUCUAUCAGUGCAAGGGAAAUGGCAUGGCUGGAAAGGUCUUCGAUGAGGGCAGACGGGUUCAAGAUUUACCCGGUUCCAUGGGCGUUGGUCACCUUCGCUAUCCCACCGCCGGCUCAGACUCCAGCGCCGAAGCUCAGCCCUUUUACGUGAACAGUCCGUACGGCAUCUGCCUGGCACACAAUGGAAACCUUGUCAACGCCAAAGAACUGCGCGAGUUUCUCGACAAGAACGCUCACCGACACAUCAACACCGACAGCGACAGCGAGUUGAUGCUGAAUAUCUUUGCCAAUGAGCUGAACGAGACCGGAAAGGCUCGUGUGAACCAGGAGGAUAUCUUUGAUUCUCUGUCGCGCAUGUACCAGCGGUGUCAGGGAGGUUGGGCCUGUACCGCCAUGGUGGCCGGCUACGGUAUCUUGGCUUUCCGCGAUUCUCAUGGUAUUCGUCCACUGGUUCUCGGAGAACGCCCGUCGGACACCCUUCCCGGUGCUACGGACUACAUGUUCGCAUCGGAAAGCAUUGCUCUACGACAGCUCGGGUUUCGCAACAUUCGUGAUGUGAUGCCGGGCCAGGCCGUGUUCAUCCGAAAGGGCCAGGCUCCCGCGUUCCGCCAGGUUGCUGAGCAGCAGGCCUACUCUCCUGACAUCUUCGAAUAUGUCUACUUUGCGCGCCCAGAUACUGUCAUUGAUGGCAUCGGUGUUCACUCCAGCCGUCAGAGGAUGGGAGAUAAGCUGGCAGACAAGAUCAAAAGCAUUUUAGGGGACAAAGGAAUCAAGGAGAUUGACGCCGUUAUUCCAAUCCCUGAGACUUCCAACCCGUCUGCAUUCAGCGUUGCCCAGCGAUUGGGUCUUCCGUAUCGUGAAGGGUUCGUCAAGAACCGAUACGUUUUCCGCACGUUCAUCAUGCCCGGUCAAAAUGCGCGACAAAAGGGAGUCCGUAGAAAGCUGAGCACUAUCGACGAGGACUUUUCUGGCAAAUGCGUGCUGCUGGUUGACGACAGUAUUGUCCGAGGCACAACAAGCCGAGAAAUUGUCGCCAUGGCCCGGGAGGCCGGCGCUCGAAAAGUCAUCUUCGCCAGCUGCGCGCCCCCCAUCACACACCCCCAUCUUUACGGAAUCGCGUUGGCGUCGCCGGCAGAGCUGAUUGCGUCCGACAAGGACCGGUUCGCCAUUGCCCGGAACAUUGGUGCCGAAGAGGUCAUUUUCCAGGACCUGGACGAUCUCAAGUCCGCAUGCGUCGAGCUUUCUCCUCCCAACGGGCCCAAAUCGUUCGAAGUGGGUGUGUUCUGUGGAAGUUAUAUCACUCACGUGCCAGAUGGCUAUAUCGAGCAUCUUGCGGAGCUGCACAACCAGAAAUCAAAACAGAAACAGGCUGCGUCGCACAGCACCGGCCAGCAGGUGGCGAGCAGUGGGCCGACCAUGGUAGACAAGGCCAGGCGUGAAGAUAUCAGUCUGCAUAACGUGGCCUCGGACAGUGGACGACAUUAA